UUGCUAGGCAGGCAACAUCUUACUUUUUAAGAACCCUUCUUUCGUGACUGGUUCAUCAGCUCAGAACUUGUUACCGAAAAUCGAACUAGAAUGCAAGCGUUCGUUUGACAGUUCGCGGUCAUCUGGCAUCGCUGUCGCUGAGUGUGAGUUCUUUUUUGUGCUGGUUUACAACAUAAAAGUGCUGCUCGUUCAUCGUGAGGAGAACAAAUAAAUUAAAAUCAUUUACAACCGGGCGGCCGGAGGAGCUCUCGGCUUAAAAGAACGGUCAAAACGGCGGAUUACCAACUGAUUUGCUGGUGAUUCCAAAAGCAAAACCAAGAGUGGUCCAAAGUGCGUGUGUGUUGGUGCGAUUCGCGUGUGUGCCAGUGUGUGUGCGUGUGUCGUCGUAGCAGCAGCAGCAGAAGAAGCAGCAGCAGAAAAGGAGGAGCAGAAGAAGAAGACCGUAGUCCAGGCAUUUGCCGGAACGGGAAAGAACCCGUAACUUGGAGCACCUCGAUUGCAGGAUAGAGAGAGAGUGCGUCGCAGGAGAGAAAUGCAACAACAACCAGAGUCGGGCGGUGAGGAGAGCUGGCUGGAGGAGCAGUGUCACCGCGAAAUCCACGGUCAGCACGACGAGUUCGAACGGGAAUAUGUGCGUCAGCGGGACAACAACCUGAGCACCGUUUGGGGAGCAUUCCAGGAUUCGGCCACCGCCGUUGCCCAGCUGUACAGAGAGCGCUCAUCGAACACAUUUCCCUCAGACACAGGCGCCCUUUGGCUGCCCUUCCAGACCGCAGCUGGCACUGUGACAACACUCUACAAAGAAUCAUGUGAUGGUCUCAAACGCACCAGCGACGCUGCCAUUCAGUGCGGCUACCAAAGACGCACACGCGAAUUGGCCGAUUGGGCGCGCAGCAAAAAACGCCGGAUGAUACGGCGCGAGGAUCUGUUGGCCUAUCUGGCCGGAAAGCCCCUACCGCCAUCCAACUCAAAUCCACAUUCCAAUCGUCGCUCACCGAAGCCAGAGCAUCACCACCAGAGCGGUAGCGGUGGCUCUGGCCUGGGAUUUCACAGCUCGGGACUGGGCUUGUCCGGUGGUCCGCCCACAGUCGCCGGCGGACAUCUGUUGUCCACCGGAGCAGCUGGCGGCCGGCAAGAGGGAACGGGCGGUGCCCCCGGCGGCGGUAUCGGCGAUGAUUUGCACACCUUUAAGGAGGCCUUGGUUCUGCGUCCACGUGGCCCGGAACUAUUUGCAUUUGUUGCCAACGAAAUAGCACGCCAUUGCAAGCGUCCCGGCAGUCCCAUAGACGACAAAAUGGACAUUUGCCACUACAGUAGUAAACGCCAGCGCUUUAUGUAAUCCAACACCAAUCGCAGUCCCAGCCCAAAGCUAAGCUCCCCCGGUCAUCAAAACACAAACCCUACUCUACCUUUUGGUAUCAAAAAAGAAGACAAUGCGCGGAAAUUGAAAGAACGGCCUAUUGGAAGUAUAAAUUAUAAGAACCAUAAAGUGUAAAUUUAUAUUUAGUUUUUCGGCAUGAUAUUUGCCUACCAUUUAUUAUAGAAAUAUUUUUUUUUUUAUAAAAAAUUCCUUUCCUCCCACUCCUUGCACCGACAUACAGCAAAUGUACGUAAAACACACAAAAAUCACACAUAUAUAAGGUUAAGUUAUGUUUUAGUUGAUAGCACUUAAGUGAAAAGUCAUGCUGAUAGUGAUGACAGCAAUAGAUGUUUAUGUUGAUAAAGAUAAUGCCAAUAUAAGGCAUUAUUACACAAACUGUUGAUCAUUGUCAUCAUGCAUUACAAGAAACGGAGAGAGGAGUUUAGGAGUACGAUAUCUGUUAUAUGCCAGCUGUGCGUCUGAAUUAAAAUUAAGCGAAACAGUAAAAGUGAAAGCUAUUGUAAAAUGAAUAACCCUUGUUUGGCGUUAUGCAAACCACAAAUGAAGCUGUGUAAAUAACAAAACUAAGAGACACCACAAGUAAACCGAGACAGAAAUAUAAUGUUACAUAUAUAUACUAUUUAUAUAUGCUACUGUAUACCGCCUAUCCCGCCUCAUUUAUCCCAAUUUCCGAAUUCCAAUACAGCUCAAGAUGCUAUGCAUAUGUGGUGUCUUCCCCCCGAAACAGAAAACAAAACUCCACCUAACAAAGUCUAAACUAAAACAAUGAAAAUAUACCCGUAACUGAUGGAGGAAGGAGAAAGCGGAAAAAUAAAACGAUGAUCUACAUGUUGCUAUUGAUUGGCUCGAUGUCUGGUAAAUAAAUUCCUUUAAAGAUGAUCUUCGGAACAGAUCCAAGUAUGACUAGAGAAGUCGAGCCUGUCAAAGCAAUGGUCAGAUCGGGUCAAAAAGGUCGCUAAUACCCAAACAAAAACCAUGAUACAUAAUCUGUGGUGAUUGUAACUUCAAGCUAGCCAGGUUAUACCAUAUACACAACAUCUAUUUAUACAUAUAGCUAUGUAUAUGAAUAGCAUACGAUGAUGUAAUAUUGAUCCAUGUAGUUCGGCAUACCUAUGUAAUAAUGAACAAUCCAAAAGCAGCAAAUUACUAAAGCGAAAUGUAGAAGAAGCUGGAAGCUGGCUAAAUUAAUUGUAUAUCGACGCGAAGUCUAGCGGCAGUCGAAAGUCGGAAAUCGAAGUCCUAUGAAAAUAAUGCGUUGUAAUUAUAUGUACUAAAACCUAAAGAAUUAUUUAAAAAAAAAAUCAAUAAGAAAAUCUAAAAAAAAAACAUCAUUAAAAAGAAACAA